UAACGAGUUAAUUUAUAUUCCAGCGUCUGUGUUUGACAAUCAUAACUCAAUUUGUUUGUCCCUGGUACCGGAACAUGGCGUUCGUUUCUCGGUUACCGACGUUUGUGAUGUAAUAAAGACUCUACCACACGUAACAAAGGGAUUCUAGAUUGAACAAGUAAUUGUGACCGCAUUGUUAAUUUGUUCCAUAAUGGCUUUGAAUACAAUUAGAGGAUUUGACGCUUCGGCGUUCCAGAAGUUCAGAAUAUUAUUCGCUCUUUGCAUCUUAGCGGAUGCGGUAUGGUACAUCGCGUCGUUCGAAGUGAGGGCCGCUUAUUUCAAGCAAUCAGGGCUUCCAGUCAACAUGAUAUACCUUGUGGCCGUUGUUUACGCUUUCUUCGGAAUCAGAAUCUUGUUCAACUACAGCUUGGAGCUGACGUGCCUUGGUAUGAUUGGUAUUUUCUCUGUUCUUACAUUUCUUAUUCAUCAUGACGUCAGACACGGUGGGAUAGGUGCUUACCCAAGGCACAUCCACGGCGAGAUGAACUUCCUACAAGCCUUGCAUUACAUGGGGUUGAUAGGCGGGCUGUUAGUCUUGUUCGGAUCGGUGGAUAUGAAGGAAAGAGGGAAGAUUAUGCAUGGGUCAAAAUCUUAUGCGAUCGUCUUGGGCAGAGCGAUCACGGCAAUCCAGUUCAUCAUGCAUACUUUCUACUUUAAAAUAUUUCAAUACAAAUUACGUACGAAGCAGAUCACUCUAAUGGAUGGAAGCCCCACGUUCCAUAUCUUCGUGGUGGGAGCCGCGCAUAUAUUAGCUUCAUACUAUGCAUGGUUAUCAGAUAUACCCAAGCAACGUCGCAUCGCUUCUCUUGUGCUUAUGUUUAUAACAGCGGCUGUGGCAGUAACUGAGAACUCAUCUCUCGCUACAUCCCUUGGCGUGUAUCAUAUGCAGUUGGAAGGUCGUAUUCACCACUUUAUUAUCCAGGUCGGGAUUUGCACGACAUGUCUGUUGUUGUAUGCAACUGCUGGUAUGACGAGCAGACCAUAUGUAAAGGAAGAAUAAAAUAAACGAAAACAAUUUUGUGCUCGCUCUCUUGUUGCCUGCGUCAUAAUCAAAGUAUGUUUAAAGUACAGUUGACCAA